AGCUAAUUUGGCAAAGUGGAAGCUUGGUUAGCCGAUAAAGGUGAAAGGGUCCGCUACCGAUUCUAAAGUCGGUACAUAUGUUUGGCUGCUCGUUGUGUUAGAUAGUCUUUAAAGAUUACAUCGUGGUCGGCGCUAAAAAUGGACGAUGAUGUCGCAGGCCCUUAAAGGCUCCGUGCUAAACAAUGUACCACUCAAGAUGGGGCAGACUCUGUGCAUAUGCUCCCGUGGCUCCAUCAUCAUCGACAACAAAAAAUAUUACUUUGUCCAGAAACUAGAUGAAGGUGGCUUCAGUUAUGUUGAUCUGGUGGAAGGGGUCAAAGAUGGGCGCUUCUACGCCCUGAAGAGGAUCCUGUGCCAUGAUCGUGAAGGCCGCCAGGAGGCUCAGACAGAGGUGGAGAUGCAUCAGAUGUUUAAUCACCCUAACAUCUUGAGCCUGGUCGCACAUGCUUUUGUUGAUCAUGGAGGGAAGACUGAAGCCUGGUUACUUCUGCCUUACAUUAGAAAAGGCAGCCUUUGGUCGAUGCUGGAGAAGAUAAGGGACAAGGGGAGCUUAAUGCCUGAAAAAGAGAUUUUGCAAGUCUUUCGUGGAAUCUGCUCCGGGCUCAAGGUCAUUCAUGAAAAAGGCUAUGCACACAGAGACCUGAAGCCCACAAAUGUGCUAUUGGAUGAGGAUUACAGGCCGGUUCUGAUGGACCUGGGUUCUAUGAACCGUGCCAGGAUUGAGGUUAGAGGAACCAGGGAAGCCAUGACCAUACAGGACUGGGCAGCCCAGCGGUGCACCAUUUCCUACAGGGCUCCUGAACUUUUCAAUGUUGAGAGCCACUGCAUUAUAGAUGAGCGUACGGAUAUCUGGUCACUUGGCUGCGUGCUUUACUGCAUGAUGAUGCUGGAGGGCCCGUAUGACAUGAUAUUUCAGAAGGGGGAUAGUGUUGCUCUGGCAGUCCAGAAUCCAGUGGCCAUCCCACAGUCCUGCAGUUACUCGCAGGGCCUGCAGAUGCUGCUGAGCUCCAUAAUGGUGUCAAAUCCCCAGGAGAGACCAAACAUCAACUGGGUUCUUGACCAGGUACAGGACCUGCAGAGUUGCAGUCCCAACACCCAAACCAACAUGGUCUGAUCUUGCACGGUGCGCAGAAUGUGGGAGGUCUGUGCACACAUAAUGGAACAUCACUUACUUUGAGCUCGAAAAUAUUUAUUUUAGCGACUUUAGUGUAAAAGCUCAGGUACAGACUUUCACUGGGCUUGGGGAGGUUGGCAACAUGAUCACCUUUUACUCUGAAUUAUCCAAUCCAACCUGCACAGGGCAAUGGACUCUUUUAAACUCACAAAUAAUUUGAAAGGCCUUUAAUGUAAUUUGACCCUGCAACAUGAUGCUCUCACAAAGGUCAAGUGUUGCCUCUGAUAAAGAAGUGGCUUUACCAUGUGAAUUUAAAGGAACAGUUGGACGUUUUAAAAAAUGCUAUUAUUCACUUUCACAGAGAGCUGCAUGAGAAGAUAGAUACCUCUCACACGUCUGUCUGUUCAGUAUGAAAUGGGAGCCAGCAGCUUGUUAGCAUAGCUUAGCAUAAAGAUAGGAAAUAGGGAAGACAGCUUGGCUCUCUCUGAAAGUAGCAAAAUCCACCUACACGCACUUACAAAACUCAUUAAUUAUCAUGUUAUGUCUUGUUUAAGCUGUACAAAAACCAAAAUGUAGAAACAAGUCGUGAGGCAUAUGUGUGGGAUUAUUGUUUUAACACUUCAGUUUUUGUACACAUUAACACAAAUCGAUAUUACAUGCUAAUGUUUGACAUUAAGAGGUACCUGUAGGUGAAUUUUCCUCCCUUUUUACAGAGCCAGACUACCUAAAUGACUAUUUUCUGAAGCCUUAGCAAAUCAUAUUUCUUU